UUUCGCAGCGAAGACAACCACUUACACUACUUUCAAAAUGAUGUUCAAAAUCUUCACUAUCGCCGCUCUCUUCGUGGCUGCCUGUACCGCUGGAGUGGUACCAGCGAUUCCGGCGGCGGUGCCUGCGGCUCUGACAGUCGGGACUUACGCUUCCAGUUACAACGCGCACGCUAUCAAUCAUGCCAUAGCCGCUCCAUAUCUGGCUGCACCCGCGGCCCUCUCGGCCGCACCAUUGGCAUAUUCCGCCCUGCCGGCCGCACCAUUAGCAUAUUCCGCCCUGCCGGCGGCAUAUUCCGCCCUACCAGCUGCAUAUUCCGCUCUGCCAGCCGCAUAUUCCGCCCCAAUCAUCGCCGGAAGACGCUGAAUACUUUGAGAAAAUUAGACGCAAACCGACCUCAAGAUCUGAUCUGCCAAAUAUUGCUGCAACAUUGAUUUCGAUCGUUGAUUUUUUUUACAUUGUGAAUGUAAUAUAGUCUCCAGUGAUAAUAUAAUGUUUUUGAUUC